CUUGGGGUCUGCGAACUCUGCAAGGAGACGAAUUGGGUUGAGCUUUUUCCGUUUUCAAUCUAGAAAGGGACCGAACCAAAUGCAGACAAUCCCAGGAUGCUCUCACACUCCAGCAUAAAAAAUGCAGCAAAGCUAACAAAAUAUUUCUUUUUUUCGGGGGGGCAUGCACACGCCCUUCCUAGGUUGGCUACACUCCAGAUUGGAUCUUCCUCUUGAGAAACGUCAUGCGGAUCAGCCCGGACCAAGGACAGCAGUUUGCCCAGAUGUUGGUGCAGGACGAAGAACCUCUGGCAGAUAUUACCCAAAUAGUAGAUGUGUUUAUGGAAUACAACCUGAUCCAGCAGUGUACAGCUUUUCUCUUGGAUGCCCUGAAAAACAACCGUCCAUCCGAAGGGCCUUUGCAAACUCGUUUGCUUGAAAUGAAUCUAAUGCAUGCACCUCAGGUCGCCGAUGCCAUCUUGGGGAAUCAGAUGUUUACCCACUACGACCGAGCCCACAUCGCUCAACUGUGCGAGAAAGCCGGUCUCCUCCAAAGGGCGCUGGAACAUUUCACUGACUUGUACGACAUCAAGCGAGCCGUGGUUCACACUCACCUUCUCAACCCCGAGUGGCUGGUGAACUACUUUGGCUCCCUUUCCGUGGAAGAUUCCUUGGAAUGCUUGCGGGCAAUGCUGUCAGCAAACAUCCGCCAGAACUUGCAGAUCUGCGUCCAGGUGGCUUCCAAGUACCACGAGCAGCUUUCAACUCAGUCGCUCAUCGAGCUCUUUGAAUCAUUCAAGAGUUUUGAAGGAAUCUCCAGAAUCUGCUCAUUCUGACAGCCAUCAAGGCCGAUCGCACCCGGGUCAUGGAAUACAUCAAUCGCCUGGAUAACUAUGAUGCCCCUGACAUCGCCAACAUCGCCAUCAGCAACGAGCUCUUUGAAGAAGCCUUUGCCAUCUUUCGGAAAUUUGACGUUAACACUUCUGCCGUCCAGGUUUUGAUCGAGCACAUUGGGAACCUGGACCGGGCCUAUGAGUUUGCCGAGCGUUGCAAUGAGCCGGCGGUGUGGAGCCAGCUUGCCAAAGCCCAACUCCAGAAAGGGAUGGUGAAGGAAGCCAUCGACUCCUACAUCAAAGCCGACGACCCGUCGUCCUACAUGGAAGUUGUCCAGGCUGCCAACGCAAGUGGCAACUGGGAAGAGCUGGUGAAGUACUUGCAGAUGGCCCGUAGAAAGGCCCGAGAAUCCUACGUGGAGACGGAGCUCAUCUUUGCACUGGCUAAAACAAACCGCCUGGCCGAACUGGAAGAAUUCAUCAACGGGCCCAACAACGCCCACAUUCAGCAAGUUGGGGACCGUUGCUAUGAAGAGAAGAUGUACGAUGCAGCCAAACUUCUAUACAACAACGUCUCCAAUUUUGGCCGCUUGGCCUCCACGUUGGUUCAUUUGGGUGAAUACCAGGCAGCGGUGGAUGGGGCCCGGAAGGCAAACAGCACAAGAACUUGGAAGGAGGUUUGCUUUGCCUGCGUUGAUGGGAAGGAAUUCCGCUUGGCCCAGAUGUGCGGUUUGCAUAUCGUCGUGCACGCCGAUGAACUGGAAGAACUCAUUAAUUACUACCAGGACCGCGGCUACUUUGAGGAGUUGAUAACCAUGUUGGAAGCUGCUUUGGGGCUGGAACGGGCUCAUAUGGGGAUGUUCACCGAACUGGCCAUCCUCUACUCCAAAUUCAAGCCACAGAAGAUGAGGGAGCACUUGGAGCUGUUUUGGUCACGGGUCAACAUUCCAAAGGUGUUGAGGGCUGCUGAGCAAGCCCACCUCUGGGGAGAGUUGGUUUUCCUGUACGAUAAAUAUGAAGAAUACGAUAAUGCUAUUAUUACAAUGAUGAACCAUCCCACAGAUGCCUGGAAGGAAGGGCAAUUCAAGGACAUCAUCACUAAGGUGGCGAAUGUGGAGCUUUACUACAAAGCAAUUCAGUUUUACCUAGAAUUUAAACCUCUGCUGCUCAACGACUUACUGAUGGUGCUUUCGCCGCGGCUGGAUCAUACCCGUGCGGUCAAUUUCUUUAGUAAGGUGAAGCAACUUCCGCUGGUGAAGCCCUACCUGCGCUCGGUGCAGAACCACAACAACAAAUCCGUGAACGAGUCCCUCAACAACCUCUUCAUUACAGAAGAAGAUUACCAGGCUCUUCGGACAUCGAUAGACGCCUACGACAACUUCGACAACAUCUCCCUCGCCCAACGCCUGGAGAAACACGAGUUGAUUGAGUUCCGGAGAAUCGCCGCCUAUCUCUUCAAAGGGAACAACCGCUGGAAGCAAAGCGUGGAACUCUGCAAAAAAGACCGACUCUACAAGGACGCCAUGCAAUACGCCUCAGAGUCCAAAGACACGGAGCUGGCGGAGGAGCUGCUGCAGUGGUUCCUCCAGGAAGGCAAGCAGGAAUGUUUUGGCGCCUGCCUCUUCACUUGCUACGACCUUCUCCGGCCAGACGUGGUCUUGGAAACCGCCUGGAGACACAACAUCAUGGACUUUGCCAUGCCCUACUUCAUCCAGGUCAUGAAGGAAUACUUGAGCAAGGUGGACAAGCUGGACGCCUCAGAAUCGCUGAGGAAAGAGGAAGAGCAGGCGACGGAGACCCAGCCCAUUGUUUACGGUCAGCCCCAGCUCAUGUUGACGGCCGGCCCCAGCGUGGCAGUCCCUCCUCAAGCACCUUUUGGUUACGGCUACACCGCACCUCCCUAUGGGCAACCCCAACCCGGGUUUGGAUACAGCAUGUAAGGAAGCCAGCAUCCUUUUGUGGAACCUCCACCGUCCCUCUCACGCCCGACUCCACAGGGAAAGAAAUCGAAACCUCGUGUCCUCGUAACAUUUAUUUUAUGAAGGACUGUGUUUUUCUGUUUGUUCUUCCUCUCUCCUCCCCGCCUUCCUUCCCCCCCCCCCAACUAAACACCU